UAUGGUAGUGAACGUAAUGUUGAGGUGUAGUGGAAAGUUGUUUCAGUUUCGAACGGAGCGCGUUCGUUGAGGCCGGUUAUUUUCAUUCAUACUAUCUCGAAUAUGUAAAUAAAGGUGGUGCGUGAAAGUGUUUUAAUCUAAUUGUGUUCGAAUAUGACCGAUAAUCGGAAACUAGCCAUGUUUCUAACGAAAAUUCUGAUAUGGUUAGCAGUUAUUGCAGCUAGUACGAUUGCUCUACCUCAAGGUGCUCCAGAAAAAAUAUGCCAGUCCAUGUUACCAGUUCAUCCAGGUUCACUGCCACAAAAUAGUGGAUCGCCAUUUUCUAUAGUGCCAAGACGAUUUCAAGGAAAAGUAAUUCUGGUGCUGAGUUCUCUGUUGGGAGCACCAUUCCAAGGUUUUAUGAUCCAAGGUCGAAGUCCUGAUGGUAGAAUAUUGGGUCAAUUCGAGAGCUUAGGUGAAUUUGCCCACACAAUAAACUGUGAAGGUCAGGGCGAUACUACCACUCACAGUAAUCCCAAUCCGAAAAAUGUUCUGGAAUUCAAAUGGAAUCCGCCAUCAGGUUACGAGGGACCUGUUAUUUUCAAUGGCACCAUAGCUCAAGACUACGGAACGUUCUGGGUUGGAGUGGAAUCAGCACCAGUUCAGCUGGGCAGAAAUUUGGUCGAUGAUGCUGUUCCACAAUUUUCGAGGCCCACAUUCUCCAAUACACCACCAACGUUCGUGACUCCAGGUCAUCGGGAGGCUGCUAUGGAUUUCGAUCCAUUUUACACAGGAUGUUCAUCCACAAAACUCUGUUUCGGAAGUCCUGACGGAUGCAUCAAGAGUAAAAGCUGCAAGGCAGCUGUUGCAGUCUCCGUGGCUGGAGACAAAUUCGAUUUUGAGCUGAAAGCUUAUCAAGGUGCCAAAUGGGUUGGCGUUGGACUUUCUAAUGAUGACAAGAUGGGGGAUGAUUCGGUCAUUGAAUGUGUUAAUAAUGGAAAUUCCCUGGCUCCUUAUUUGAGCUGGACUGGUGGAAAGCCUGAUUAUGGAGCUGCAAGGACGAAAAAUCAACUAGGAAUUCGUUUAUUGAACCAGAGCAUCAUCGACGACACCAUUUACUGCAAAGUUAGGCGAGAUGCAAGAACUGUGGUAAAUGGCAGAGAAUUUGACUUAUCCAACAAGAUGUACUUCCUACUUAUCGCCGCAGGCUCUGAUGCAUCAGGACAAGGUGUUGGUUACCAUGACAUCACAUAUUUACCCACUGGAAGUGCAUUGUCUUUGGCGGAUGUGUCAGAUGUAUCCGGUGCAUCCAGAACCUUGAUCCGAAUUCAUGGAGCGUUCAUGAUAGCAGCCUGGAUAGGAGCUGUGUCUAUCGGUACUUUGUUGGCCAGAUACUACCGCCAAACUUGGAUGGGUAGUUCCAUGUGCGGUAAAGAUGUAUGGUUUGCGUGGCAUCGCUUGUUGAUGAUGAUAACGUGGGCAUUAACUAUUGCUGCAGUCGUUCUGAUAUGGGUCGAAUUGGAAUCCUGGUCCAGCGAACUUCCACAUGCAAUUCUUGGUACCAUAACAACCAUCCUAUGUUUCUUGCAACCCAUAGGAGCCUUCUUUAGACCUCACCCGGGUGCCUCAAAGAGGCCCCUCUUCAAUUGGCUGCACUGGCUUGGAGGCAAUUUGGCACAUAUUAUUGCGAUUGUGACCAUAUUUUUUGCUGUCAAAUUAGGAAAAGCUGAAUUACCUCAUUUUGUAGACUACAUAUUAGCAGCAUAUGUUGUGUUCCAUGUUAUUGUCCAUCUUUUACUAUCGAUAAUGGGAUGCUUAUCAGAACGAUCUGCAGAUGGUAGAGUUGCAUCAUUUCCCAUGAAGGAUUUAAACACAGGUAGAAAUGCAAGUCACAUGGACAGAAGUGGUGAUUAUCCGUAUGCUGUGUUCAGGAAAGCCAUGCUAGGCAUAUACGCAUUUGUAGUUAUUGCCAUUACGAUAGUACUAAUUCUCAUCACUGUAUUCGCACCAAUUGAAGAGACUUGGAAAGCCUUCCGUAACAGGAAUUCUUCAUGAAAUGUAGCUUCAAUUCCAUAGACAGGUGCACAAGGCACAUCUUUUACCAAUAUAUACGUUUAAGAUUAACUUGUUAAUUAGUUAUUUUAUUUUAAUAUAUUUCUGAUUAUUGAUGCUGUACUGCAUCAAACUUCAUUGAUAACAAGUUGAACAGUAUUUUAUAACGAAAAAGACCAUAUUUAUUUGUUUAAAAAAGUAUUGUUAUUCUGAGAAUAAAGUUAUUUAUAAUUUUAUGUUA